CAUAAUAAAGACGUCACCCUCCGCUUUGAGCGUGCCAACCAAGUGCGCAGCUCCUAACUGUGCAACUACAAUCUCGACAUGCUUACGGACGAGCGAGAAAUCCUCACAUCCGUCAACACAAGCACUCCGGCACCGAUUUCUGCAGCGGUUCGGUAGCUAGGACACCAUUUAUCACUACAGGACGUUUUUUGGGCUUCUUUGCUGCGCACUAAAAGCUGAAUCCGAUUCGCGAGGAUUUAAAGGAAGGAGCAGGGACUCUUAAGGGACAAAGUAAUGAUGGAGGAGGGGUCAGGUUCCCGGUCAUGCAGUGCAAAGCCUCACCGCAGUCUGGUGGAAUGGAAGAAAAGAGUGAAGUCUGAGUACAUGAGGUUAAGACAGUUAAAACGCUUUCGCAAAGCUGAGGAAGUUAAGGCUCUGUUCCAGUCUAAUCGGCGUAAGAUUGAAGGAAGAACGGAGCUAUUGAAUGAGGAAUGGUCUAAGCUCAGAAUCCAGUCUAUCCCUCUGUCCACCCCAAGUGGCUCUCUGCCCAGUAAAAAGUUGUGCAUGGUGGAGUUUGGCAUUCCAUCUUUUCCGAACCAAGCAGUUGCCAUGCGUCCCUUGACAACUGUCGCUGGGAUACCAUUCAUGUACUCCUGGUCCCCUUUGCAGCAGAACUUCAUGGUGGAAGAUGAGACAUUUUUGCAUAAUAUCCCCUACAUGGGAGAUGAGGUGUUGGAACAGGAUGAGGCUUUUCUGGAGGAACUCAUUGAUAACUAUGAUGGGGUUCAUGGGGACAGAGAGGGUGGCUUCAUAAAUGAUGAGAUCUUCAAAGAGCUGGUGGAGGCGUUGAGUCAAUACUCAGAUCCAGAGGAAGAGGGGGAGGAAGAGCCUGCAGAGAAUAAGGAGGAGGAAGGAGAGGAGAAAGGAACCCAAAAAAGUACAGCAGAGUCUACGGAAGAGUCUAAAGUGAGCUUUAUCAAGAGGAAAAGGAGGAGCACCACUGAAGGAAGAGAUCUUACCAUCAAUAAGAAGGUUCCCAAUGACAAGAUUUUCACAGCAAUUGCAUCCAUGUUUCCUUACAAAGGCACAAUGCAGGAGCUGAAGGACAAGUAUAAGGAUCUCCUGGAGCCCUCCAGCACUGUGAAGUUGCCUCCUCUCUGCACGCCCAACAUGGACGGCCCCUUUGCCAAAUCUGUUCAGAGGGAACAAAGUUUGCACUCUUUUCACACACUUUUCUGUCGCCGCUGCUUCAAAUAUGACUGUUUUCUUCACCCAUUCCAUGCAUCUCCUAAUGUAUAUAAGAGAAAGACUAAAGAGAUCAGAAUAGAGACAGAACCCUGUGGACAAGAAUGCUUUCUGCUUCAGAAAGGGGCGAAAGAGUUUGCUGAUCAAAAUAUGCAGAGGUCUCAAAGAUCUCGCCGCAGGCGGCGACAGCCCCGCCCGUCCAGUUCAAGUGGCACCACCCACUCAGGGUCAGGUGAGGAGGGAAAAGAUGGAGACAGUGACCAUGAGACCACCAGCUCCUCAGGUACACACACUAACAUAUAAAAUACAAACAUGCUU